UCCAGAGGAGGGCUGCGCUGUGUAGGCUGCUGCUGGACACAUAAAUCUCCCCCGGCGGGACUCACUCUCACUCAUACUGCUCACUGGAGACCGCUCGCAUCAUCUGGACGUCGUCCUCCUGAAAUCACGGUGUUUUGUUUCUUCAAGCGGAGCGUCGGACCGGGACAGUCCAGCGGGAUUUCUCCCCCCCCCCCCCCCAUCCGCCGCCGCCUCCUCCCCGGUCCCUCCUCUCAUGACUGACCGCCUCGGACCACGGAUGCAGCGAGCGGCAGCGAUGCGGCGGCUCCGCUGUUAAAACCUCCCGUCCCGUGUGCGCUGUCUCGAUUCACCACCCGGUUGGUUUUUAUUAUUUCCCCCCGAAGGAGGCACGCCAAAAUCCAGAAUGAAGCUGAAGCCGAACCAGACGAGGACGUACGACGGAGAGGGCUUCAAGAAAAGAGCGGCAUGUCUGUGCUUCAAGAACGAGCGAGAAGAGGAGGUCCUGCUGGUCAGCAGCAGUCGGCACCCGGACCAGUGGAUCGUCCCCGGAGGAGGGAUGGAGCCCGAAGAGGAGCCGUGCGGCGCCGCCAUACGGGAAGUGUUCGAGGAGGCCGGUGUGAAGGGCAAGCUGGGACGUCUGCUCGGUGUUUUUGAGCAAAACCAGGAUCGGAAGAACCGGACGUACGUGUAUGUGCUGACCGUCACGGAGACCCUGGAGGCCUGGGAGGACUCGGUCAGCAUCGGCCGGAAGCGGGAGUGGUUCACCGUGGACGAGGCCAUCAAGGUGCUGCAGAGCCACAAGCCCGUCCACGCCGAGUACCUGCGGCGGCUGCAGCUCAGCUGCUCGCCCACCAACGGCAACUCCAUCCUGCCGAGCCCACCGCCCAACGACAACUACCCCCACUACAGCGCCACCGCCACCACCGCGCCGUCGCCGGGCGGCGUGCUGGGCUCGUCCCGGAGAUAGGACUGCACCCCGAGCCUCGCCUGUACAGUCUCAUGCAUGAAUCCUAAAGACUCUCACGAGCCUUCGUAUGUAAAAAGUCUAAUCUGAGCUGCAGGACAGACCAAAGCCUUGGCCAGGCUGAGCGGGACGAGCCGGCGGCGCUCGCCACCGAAGCUGCUGAUCCACACACACCUUCUUUCUUUUUUGCCGACGAAACGUGGGAGGAGGAAGCUGCAGAGAAGGAACGCCUUACAGGAACUCUGAAUGUUUUAUUUCACUCUGUCUGUGCCGAAGCGAGCUGCCGACAGAACGCCGGUGCGAGGAGCGUCUUCAGCCUCGACAUGUCUCCACAAUCUUGUCUCAAGUUUUAGAUAAAGCAGGAUCUUCUGAUUAUUUCUCUAAAAUAACAGAUCUCACCUGACGACGUCCCGUAGUUAAACUUCAGCCAGUCCCUGAAAAAAAAAUUAAAGAGUAAAAGCUGCGUAACUUUUGCCAGUCAAAGUAUUUUAACGGUGCAGAGUUCCUCCAGCUCCGCUCAUGUCAGGAAAACUCAAAGUUUCACUCUUAAAUGAGGUCGACUGUGUGAUUCUGGGCUUUCAAAACUAUAAUGAUCAUCACUUGGGUGAAUAAACGGUGGAAAAGUUUGGGGACAUUUCCCUUCUGUCUGUAAAGCAUCCAUGUUUCCGAGGACUGAAAUCCAAAGAGCCGAAGAAAACAGCCUCCUCGCUGCUGCGACCGCCGAAUGACCACCAGGAAAACCACACGUUUGUACAUAUCUCGGAGGAGAACAAUGUUUUUAACCUGAAUGAACCUGUACAUUUUCUCUUAAUAUUUUCUAUGUUUUUUAAAACGGUGUACAUAUAGCAGGGGUUGGGGGGGGGGGGGGAUAAAAGAAGAAACCCAGCGCGGGAUGUCUGUACGGCGUGACAAAGUGCCACGUUCAGGGGAUGUUUAGCUCGUCUGUUGCCGCGGCGACGGAGACUCACGUUUCAGAUUUUAAAACGACUGACAGCGCAGAAUGAACGUAGGGUAGCCGGUAACCUGAAACCUUAAACUGACGGCUGACAAGAAAAUGGUUAAAAAAAAAUCUUUUUUUUAAAAAAAAAAAAACUAAAUAUACACAGCUUUUUUUUUUUUUUUUUUGCUAACACACUUGUGUUUGUUAUGGCUAACUGGGCACACAAGUAUUGAGAAUUUAAAAAAACAAUGAGUUUUCUAAAGACAAAGCAUUUUGGAGAAAAAAAAUGAAGUUUUAGAAAGUAGUAAAGAUUAGUGUCAUGUUUUUGGAAGUAUUAAAGGUUUAGUUUCCUACACACUUUAUUGGAAUUAAAAGAUAUUUCACCUUUACAGUGUCACACACCUGCAGUAUCGGGAAAACUGAUCAGACGAUUCAGCGAUCGUAAACGUUUGGCCUUCGGCCUUGUGUGACUGAUGUGUGUGUCAGAGAGAGAUACACUUCAAUGUGCCAAAUGUUCAAGUGCUUGUGUUCAGAUGGGAAGUAUGUGCAGAUUUAAAUGUCCACCACGUUGUGAAAAAUGACCGUAAACGUUGAUUCUGUCUGUUGACGUUUUUCCAGAGUAUAAAUGGAGGAAAGUGUGUGUUUUUGGUUUUUUAAGACAUUGGCUGCAUCCUCUUCUGCCUAAAGAAUUCAGUGGUUCCCAACCGCUUUCUGUUGGAGAUCGAGACGCUGGAACGGUGGUGUCAAACAUGAGGCCCGUGGGCCAAAACCGGUCCACCAAGCAAAUGGUCAAAAUUUCAGUUAAAAAAAAAAAAAAAAAAAAAAUUAAACUAGCCUCAAAGGUGAGUUUGUAAUUUUUGGGACGAUUCACUUUAUUUUGCAUCAUUGAAAUUUUGUGAAAUUAACAUUUUCAUCACGUUCUGCACCAAAACAAAGAAAAUGUGUGAAUUACAAGGUUAUUAUAGCUCUAUUUUGCCAGUCAAGAUGAAACUGAGCUGAGCUAAAACGUUUGACACUCCUGCUCUAUAAAAUCCUACUUUGGCUUCCCGUAACUUGAGCAGACCUGAGUUCGAACAUUUCGCUCUCCACGUCGGGAACCACUGACCUAAAUCACAGACCGGACCAGAAACGCGACUGAAAUCUGUUAAGAUCCCGACGGGCGACAGCAUGAGAUCCGUGGGGUGAAAGGAAACACCUUAAAUCCUCGUCCUGAGACGGUUUGAUGCACAGCUGUUUUCCAACUCUAAAGUUUUGUCACCAUCUAAUGUCAGGCACAACACGGUUUAAUGUGACAGGGAUUUGAAGAACUGGAUGUAGAGAGAUUGUUUUGUUUUUUUUUGU